GACUAUUUUAAUUUCGGAUUAGUUGACCGGAAGUUGAGUUUUGGCGCUGAAAUAACCAUUUAAGUAAUGGUUUUAUUUUUGAAAGGCUUAGCGGAAGUGUAGUACAUGCUAGCUUGUUCCAGCUCUGGUUCUUAGUUUCGCCACCACACAACAUCGUGACUCAAUGAUAACAACGCGGCUCUCACCGGAGCGGCGAUCACUUUCUCUAUCACCCACAAGUGUGGUGGUGACCAUUAGACUGAAAACGGUGGCAUGCUUUUAUCAGUGUAUCAACACGUUGCGCCUGCGCCCUGAACCUACGUGUCUUUUCCCCUCCUCAGUGUGAGGUAUGUUGCUCUGCUUUAAAACCAGCAGCUGCUUCACAGAGCAGAUCCAGAGAAGGACAUCAGACACACGGACAACACACAGCGACACACCCGCCUCCUGGAUCCUCCCUCUGGGGCUGAGACCGAGUAAUGUGCCGUCGAGAGCCGGAUGAGUCGUCUCGGUUCGUUUCUCUUUAAUGUGGAAGACGCUCUUUCUCAUGCAUUCUGAAUGAUCCCCCGCAGCCAGCUCCACGUAUUGAGAUGAUCUAUUUCUGUGAUGGCGAAGGGUCUGUUUCCACGGGCCUGGGUGAAAAAGUCUUUCUAUUUCCAGGCUCGAAUCUCCUUUGUUCGAGUGAAGUACCUUUUCCUGACAUGGCUGACCGUGCUGGUGGGGAGCUGGGUACUGUACGUGCAAUACUCCGCCUACACAGAGGUGUGCAGAGGACACGAGUGCAAGAACGCCAUUUGUGAUCAAUACAGGAAGGGGAUCAUCGAUGGCUCCGCCUGCAGCAGUCUGUGUGACAAAGAAACCCUCUACUUGGGCAGGUGUCAGUCAAAACUGCCAAACAACCAGGUAUACACAGGAAGCUGGGGAGACCAUGACGGAAUCAUUCGCUGUAAGCUGGGGGAGCUUUUGCACUACGAGCUGGGCGGGGAGCCGGAGCCUCGGAGGGAGACACCCGUGUUCGACAAGCCCACUAAAGGCACGUCGGUGGAGAAGUUCAAAGAAAUGGUCUUCAAUCACCUCAAGUCGAAGCUUGGAGAGCAGGCCAACCUCGCCAGCCUCGUCAGCCAGAUCCUGUCUGUCGCCGAUGGCAACCGAGACGGACGGGUGUCCCUGCCAGAGGCUCGCUCAACGUGGGCCCUCCUGCAGAUGGACGAGGUAUACAAAUACAUCUUCAUCCGAUUUCCUGCUUUGUUCUCUGAGGUGCUGCUGGGCCUGCUGCUCCAGGACCGGGGACACACUCCUCGCCUCAUGGGCUACUGCGGGGACCUGUACAUGACCGAGCGAGUCCCCUACGGGCCCCUGUACGGUUUGUCUCUGCCGUGGCCGCUGGUGUCCUGGGUGCCGAGCAGUUUGCAGCGCACCAUAGACCAGUGGUUCACGCCUUCUUGGCCCCGUAAAGCCAAGAUAUCCAUGGGUCUGCUGGAGCUGGUAGAGGACAUCUUCCAUGGCACAUACGGCAGCUUCCUGAUCUGCGACCUCGCCGCCGCACACUUCGGUUACACUGACCGCCACGAGAUCCGUCUCACCAACACCGCCGCCGUGGUUUCUGAGGACGAGUUCAGACGCACCAUGCGUGUGCUGAAGUGCGAGACAGAUGCUGACUGCGUGUACGGGGUGGACUGCCGGACGUCAUGCAACGUGUCGGAGAAGCGGUGCAGGGAGGAGCCCAUCCAGCCCAACUUGGCGAAAGCAUGCGGUGCACUUAAGGACUAUAUCCUGCGUGGGGCGCCGUCAGCCAUGAGGGAGGACCUGGAGAGGCAGUUGUACGCCUGUAUGGCCCUGAAGGGUAACGCUGGACAGAUGAACAUGGAGCACUCGCUAAUCCUCAACAACCUGAAAGCUCUGCUGUGGAGACAGAUCUCUCACACCAAGGAUUCGUGACGAGGAGAAGAAAUCCCUCUCGAAUCAGUUCCUCACGUAGAGCUGAGUAUUAAAGAUGCUGUGAUAUAGAAGCUAUACAAAUUUAAAAGAGUCAUUUUUACCAACUCUUAACAAUAUAAACUGAGUGAUGGAGACUCUACCUCCCCUGACCCAGUCACAGAAGUUCGGGGCCUGGAUUUACAUUAGCUGAAAUGAACUGAACUGAAUGAUAGCAUGUUGCCAUCACUCACACAGACACGUUAUAUUGUAUUGUUCACAACUGUGGAAUGUUUCAUGAGUUAAUGAGUUACUGCUGGAAAAACAGCUGAGAGACUCAAUCUCUGUUUUUAUCACAGAUGUGUGGGUUAACUGAGAAGAGUUCAUCAUUUAGGAGUUUAUUCUAUUUGGGGAAAACAAGGAUUAAGUCUGUGAUUGUUGUGCAAAAGCUCCAAUUUGAAGUGUACUGAAAUUACACUACAUUUAUAUACGCCCCUUAAUUCUUUUCAAUGUACAGGAAUAUGAAGAAUUCAUUACCGGAUUUACUCUCUGAUUCUGAUCGGCACCAAAUGUAAUGGGUUUUGGGUCGUGCUAAAGCUGCUCAAAGGAUUUCAUGGAAAUUGGUUUAGUACUUCUUACGUAACAAACAAAUGCAAAUGUCAAAUUAAAAGCUGAGAUUUUCGAGGGAAUUGAACAAAUAAGUUAAUAAAUGGAUCCAGUGACAAAGAUCACUGACGCUGUUCAGGGGGGCUCUUCUGGUAGUUGUCACUCAUCUGUAUGAUGAAGUGUUGGCAGCUGAUUAGCUUCAAUGUGAUGGUAUUCAUGUGUCAGUACUGCACAGGGUUCAUACUGUGCCUCAGUGUACCUCAUCAUACUUCAAGUUUUGCACCUGUAAGUGAAUCAUCAAUGCUUCAUCAACGACACAGAGAAAAUAAUGUAUUUAAUUUGGUCUGUGAAUGUUAUCCACUUGUACUUUUCACUGAAAUCAGCAUUUGUGGUAAUUGUACUGUGUCACCUUGUUUAUUGGGGGAUUUCAUCGGUCACAGUGCCAGAGGUCAUGCUGAAGUCGCUCUGAUGAAUGUUUACCGCUGGUGACCAUGGAGAAGUUCAACCACACAUUUCAAUGAAACAUAAAAAAAAAAAAAUCUCUAUUUUCCAUGGUCCCCUCCCGAAAGGACAGUGACCAUGUUGACAGCCUGACUUAUAUCAUGCAUCGUUACCAAUGCACCUGAGAACAGACAUGACCUGUAAAGCACGUCAAGCUUGAGGUCAGUGUUGCUGUUUGGAAAUUGUAAAAAAAACAAAACAAACAUGUUUACUUGUUGAAGAAACCAGCAUGAUUUUGCACAAUUAAACGACAUACCACUUCA